AUGCCUACAAGCGCUAGGGUUGGGUUCGAGGGUGUCAUGCAUGCACGUGGUUGGCCCGGAUUAGGCACAGCCCGCAGUCCCAAAUGGUGUGAUUGGCGGGGUCAAACGCCAUCUGCUCUGGACAGGCCGGCACAAACAACCCUUCGAGCUGUUGACCCACGGGGUGUUCUAGCGCAUGUGAAGUCAGGGGCGUUUGUGAAGCUUGGUGUAUCUGUCUGUAGCUGCCAGUCCGUAUUUCUGUGGCUGUGA